AUUUAAACAGCGCAUUUCGGCAGUAACUGUAACAAAGCGCUUAACAUAUAACAUAACAAUAAUACGACAACAAAGAUUGUGAAAUACAAAUGAAUGAUUCUAAUACAUAAACAGUUGACACCAGAAAACAAUAGAACAGCUUCAGUAUCUUGUUGGGUCAAAAGAAGAAGAGGGUCAUUCCACGGGGAAGGACUGCCAAAAAAAAAGCUCGAAUCCCUAUUUUUUGUUCGUCUGCUUUUUUGGUUCAGUCUCUCUUUAUUGUCUUUUAAAUUUAAGUUUGCGUCGUUUGGUACUUUCUACUUCUACUGUCAUUUCGUGAAUUUAGUGAUGAGGGGUGUUUUUUUUAAUUAUUACAGUAUUUCACUGAAAGCCAAUACUCGCGGAGGUGACGACAAAACAAUAAAAGCAAGUGAAGGAGACGAAGCCCAUUUUCUUUUAUUUUGACAAGCGGAAGCACCUUGCCCGUCUACGGGAACUUAACAUGUUCCGCGAUCAAAAUGGGAUCAGCUGAUCGGAAUUGACUCACAGUUCCCGGAGCAACGAAGACACGACAAGACAAAAAAGAAGACGGAAAAGAAAAACAACCAUGGAAUAACACAAUAAUUUUGAUUUGACUUUGCGAUAGGAAGUGUUCGCUUCCCGACGGAAAGUUUGGUCAAAGUUUUCACGUUGGGAUUCGGCGACUUUUGCUCUCGAGCGUGUCUGUGAUGGCAGCUGCAUUUUACACCAUCACUUCUGUCUGAAAUCGGCGUGGGGGAACGUCGUCCUCUGACAUGUCGGCCCUGGCAGCAAAGAUGAUGGCGCUGGCAGUCCUGCUGGCCGUCACGCUGACCUUCGGUCUGGUGCCCCUCCGCCUAGUGCAGGGGGCGGGGCCCUGCGCCCUCGGCCCAGCGUGUCGUGGGCGCGCACAGGCUCUGAUUAACAGUUUCGGGGCCGGCGUGUUCCUGGCCACGUGCCUGCUGGACCUCCUCCCAGAUUACCUGAGCGGCUUCUACGACGCCUUCGCCCACGCCGGGCUCACGUUGCAGUUCCCGCUGGCCGAGUUCAUCGUGGCGAUGGGCUUCUUCCUGGUUCUGGUUUCGGAGCAGCUGUUCUUGGCCUUCACCGAAGAGCCGCGGAAGCUGGGCCGGGAGGGGCGGGGCCUGCUGGUGGAUGGUUACGGCAGUGAGCAGGCCAGCUACGAGGUGGAUGACGAAUGUCACCCGCAGGCGCGCCCGCUGCCUGCGUCGCCAUCCGUGUUACGUGCCUCGGUUUUGGUCUCGUCAUUGUGCCUACAUGCGGUGUUUGAGGGGCUGGCGGUUGGGCUGUUGGUCGGGGGCCGGGAGGUGGCGCAGGUGUGUGCGCCGCUCGCCAUCCACAAGGGCAUGGUCGCGCUCAGCCUGGCCUUCACGCUGGCUCACACCGGACUACGGCGCGCACCGCUGGUCGGCAGCCUGCUGCUCUUUGCCUCCGCUGCACCGGUAGGCGUGGGUGCAGGAGCCCUCCUGUCAGAGAGCGCGCUGUCGGCGCGAGCUGGAGUGGCACGCCGGACGCUGGAGGGUGUGGUGGCGGGCGCCUUCAUCUACAUCACCUUCAUGGAGGUCCUGCCGCAGCAGUUUGGCCGCGGGCGCCGCCGCCUGGCCGAGGUGGCCAUCACACUGUUGGGUUUCACCGCCGUCACCGCUGUGCUCUUCGUCAAAAUGUGACCGCCGCCGCUCUUCUGACAGGGGGAGUGAAUUUUGAAGAAAAACAACAAAAACCAAGCAACUUGAGAUGUUUACAAAAUAACAAUGGAGAAGAAAUGUGGUAUUGUUACUCAUUAAAAGUCAUUUGUUUAUUUUG